UUCCUUCCUAUGUAUAGCCGCAACACUCUGUACGUGGGGAACAUCUCUUCGCGUACGACUGAGCGUGAUAUCAAGGACGAGUUCGGACGAUACGGUCGCGUCAUUCGAUGUUAUAUUCCUCCGGGAAAGAACAUUUGCUUCGUGGAGUACGACGACGAGCGUGACGCAGAGGAUGCAUAUCGUGGCAUGGCCUCGGCUCGAGUAGACGGCAACACGCUCAACUUGCAAUGGGCUAAGGCUGGUCCCAGGGACAGGUCACGAAGGUACUAUGGUUCUCCCUCACGAGGCUAUAGCCGUAGGCGUUACGGUCGCUCGAGAAGUCGUAGCUACUCACGUGGCCGCUCUCGUCGUGGAAGAAGCUACCGUUCUCGGUCCCGGUCCUAUUCAAGAUCUAGCUCAAGGUCAUCUAGGUCCCGCUCGGGCUCCUAUGACAGUCGGUCGGACAGUCGUGAUCGUCGCCGUAGUCUCUCGGAGUCGCCUCGGAAGCCUCGUGAUAGUCGCGAUCGCUCGUCUACAUCUAAGGUCGAAGAUAGGGAGCGUUCCCGUCACGAAUCCAGAUCUAGAACUCCCCGCAAAGACGAGCGUUCUGAGCGCCACUCGAAGAGCCGCAGUGAGAAGGAACGUGCCAGUCGCUCAAGGGACCGCAGCGAGGGUCGUGAGGAGCGUACUAAGUCUCGAGAGACAGACCGGUCUGGAUCGUGCCGUUCUCGAAGCCGCAGCGAGCAUGGAGGGAGUCGCUCUGGAAGCCGACGUGCCGAUCGCUCUGAGGACCGCGUUGAGGAGAAGCCCCGGAGUGAAAGCCCUCAGAAGGAUGCUGAGAAGCGCGAUGCCGAUCGAAUCACAAGUCCCGACUCCAAAAGUCCGACACGCAGUGAGUCGCGCCGUUCCAAGUCUCGUGGUGAAUCUCAGCGGGGACGUAGUUCACGCCGCGAGGAUUCUCGGGACGAUGGUGCACGCAGGAGUGAGAGCCGUGGAGGUAGUAACGAUCGGAAGAGGAGUGCCUCUCGCGAUAGGAGUGAGAGCCGUCAGAAGAGCGCUCGCAGGGAUGAGAAUGAUAAACCCACAGCGAGUGAAGAUCAUAAAAGAGAUUAGUUUCUACAUCGCUCUACUACGACUGUUUCCCUCUACUCUCACCUAACCUCUCCCGCUA